CAUUGUGCUCAGUGUGUCAGUGCUGCAUCCACUGAGGAGAGAGAGGAGACAGGGCCACUCACGGCCACAUUAACUCUGAGCUGUAAACCUGCACAGAGGACAUAUCUGAGAGCGCUGCUGCAGCCUUUUCCUGGACGGUGCAGUCCUGCUCUUUUGUUGCCAUCAGUCGCCGGGCUGCAGGAAGAAAAAGCUGGGGAGGACUCGCCUCCUUGAAGCCCGAUCGGUCGGUGGCGGAAGGAAGGGACGUGAUAUGAACCCCUCAUCCGCUUAAACGGCCGUGCAGCUUAAAUAGCUCCGUUUUCAGGGGGUGUGGGGGGUUAACUGAGGAUCAGAGAGAACACUUAAAUACAUUUAACCUGCAGUAGAAGGCCGAGAAAUAUCGGCGGAACCUGUAGAAAUGCCCGGGUUUGAUUACAAGUUUCUGGAAAAGCCAAAGAGACGGUUCCAGUGUCCGCUCUGCAGCAAGGCUAUGCGGGAGCCCGUCCAAGUGUCUACCUGUGGACAUCGGUUCUGUGACACCUGUCUGCAAGAAUUCCUCAGUGAGGGCGUCUUCAAGUGUCCAGAGGAUCAGCUGCCGUUGGACUAUGCCAAGAUCUACCCUGAUCCAGAACUGGAGCAGCAGAUCUUGGCGCUGCCCAUCCGCUGCAUCCACAGUGAGGAGGGAUGCCGCUGGACUGGCCAGAUGAAGCAGCUGCAGGGCCACUUCUCCACCUGCGCCUUCAAUGUGAUACCCUGCCCCAAUCGCUGCUCUGUCAAGCUGACGCGCCGUGAUUUGCCCGACCACCUGCAGCACGACUGCCCCAAACGCAAGGUCAAGUGCGAGUUCUGUGGCAGCGAGUUCACGGGUGAAGCCUACGAGAACCACCAGGGUGUGUGUCCUCAGGAGAGCGUUUACUGUGAGAACAAGUGUGGGGCGAGGAUGAUGCGUCGUCUGCUGUCCCAACACGGCAUGGCCGAGUGUCCCAAACGCACGCAGCCCUGCAAGUACUGCGGCAAGGAGUUUGUCUUCGACACAAUCCAGAACCACCAGUACCACUGCCCUCGGUUUCCUGUUCAGUGCCCAAACCAGUGUGGCACUCCUAACAUUGCCCGAGAGGAUCUGGCUAACCAUGUGAAGGACAACUGUGGCAGCGCACUCGUUCUCUGCCCCUUCAAAGAUGCCGGCUGCAAACACCGGUGCCCAAAACUGGCUAUCGGGCGUCACCUGGAAGACACAACUAAGUCUCACCUGACUAUGAUGUGUAACCUGGUGGGGCGUCAGCGGCAGGAGAUUCUGGAGCUGCGAAGAGAGAUGGAGGAGCUGUCUGUCAGUCAUGACGGUGUUCUCAUCUGGAAGCUCAACGACUACACUCGCAAACUCCAGGAGGCCAAACUCCGAAGCAACCACGAGUUCUUCAGCCCACCCUUCUACACUCACCGCUAUGGCUACAAGCUGCAGGUGUCGGCCUUCCUGAAUGGUAACGGCAGCGGCGAGGGCUCGCAUCUCUCCGUCUACAUCCGCGUGUUGCCCGGAGAGUACGAUAGCCUGCUGGAGUGGCCCUUCUCCUACAAGGUGACUUUCUCCAUUAUGGACCAGAGCGACCCGUCGCUUUCCAAACCCCAGCACAUUACCGAGACCUUCAACCCUGACCCCAACUGGAAGAACUUCCAAAAGCCCAGCAGCAGCCGCAACUCGCUGGACGAGAGCACCCUGGGCUUCGGCUACCCCAAGUUCAUCUCUCACGAGGAGAUUAAGAAGAGGAACUACAUCCGAGACAACUGCAUCUUCAUCAAGGCUUCUAUAGAGAUUCCCCAGAAGAUAAUGGCUUAAGAUCUGAUCUUUUCUUUUCUUUUUAUGAAGGAGAAAGAUGAACUAAAGGCUGGCAAAAACUGACACUUAACCUUGAAAACUUCUACACACUUACCCUUUAGAUACUUUCUGCCCUUACAGCCUCUCCACCACAGAGCUUGAAGCGAGUCUGUUUGGCUGUGUGAGCUGACUCGGAGGACCUUGAUAUAUCGCGGAGGAGAAAGUGUUUGGUCUGCAGAACCAUCACUCUCUGGUGUUUCUUUUUAUUAAUUUUUUUAUCUGUUUGCUGACCUUUUAUCACAGUCUACAACAAAAAGCCUUGGAAAUCAAACAGUGCCUAGAGAGUUUAUCUUAAGUUAUAUUUUUGUUGUUAUUACUGCAGUACAGAUGUUAAAGAUUAUGGAAAAGAUAUAAAAAUAAGUGUGAAGGGCUUCACUAAGCCUCUGUACUUAGAGUAAAGAGAACGUUAGAAGCUGGUUAGAGACGCCCAUUAGGGAGAUCUAAAGAAGAGGAAGCUCAGCAGACUCAAGCUCAAGCCCAACUGCCUUUUGUUUACACACUCAUACAGUAUACUUCCAAUGAUCCCUUAACAAACACAGAGCCCUUGGUAAGAGACUACUCAUGAGGUUUGUGUACACACAAACAUCAAGUGGAUGUUUUCAAGUGAGAAACUUGCAGCUUAAAUGUAGGCAAUUUUUGUGUUUUAAGGGAAUAGCCUGACACUUUGGUUGAGUUGAAUGACAAGAUCACCGUCACUAUCAUAUCUGUCCAAUACAAGGUUACAGCCAGCAGCCAGUUAGCUUAGCAAUCUUCAGAAAAUGGGGAAACAAAAUCACCACCUCAGACAUGCACUAAUUAAAAUGUUAUAUCUAAUGGUUGCAUCUGAAAUCGCAUACUAUGCACUACAUACUCAAUAUGUGCAUACUAGUAAAAAAAACAAUUGUUUUCUACUGGGCGCAGUUAACUCACACUGGGUGCCUGGCAACUGCUCCUGAGAAAUAGCCUUCCAGCAAAUGGUAGAUUGUAAUUUUGCCCUUUGUUUUUUUUGUACAGAUUAAACAAACAAAAUACAAUGUGUAAAUUAGGGAGCUUUAGAAGUGCUGGUAGGUUAUUUUGAUGGCUUUGGACAAAGCCAGCACCCUUUAUCCAGUCUCAAUGCUAAGCUAAGCUAACUCUCUUCUGGCUAUAACUUCAUAUUUAAAAUAAUUGUUUGAUAUUUUGGGAAACACACUUUUUUCGCUUUCUUACCAUGAGUUAGAUGAGAAGAUUAAUACCACUCACAUGUCUGUAUGGUAAACCUUAAGCUACAACCAGCAGGUGGUUAAAUUAGCUUAGCAUAAAGACUGGAAACAGCUUGCUUCUCCAAAGAUAACAAAAUCUGCUUACGAGCACCUCUAAAGCUCAAUAAUUAAUCCAUUAUAUUUUAUAUCUUGUUUUUAAUACAUACAAAGAUCUUUAGACAGAGCCAGGCCAGCUGUUUACAGUUUUUAUGCUAAGAUAAGAUACUUGGCUACUAGCUGUAGCCUUGUGUUAAAUGGAAAGAUAUGUGAUGUGAAAAUGUCAAACUAUUCCUUUUAACUAUCACUAUAAACUAAUAAUCAUUCAUCUUUUGGGCUUUCAAAACUGCACCAAAAAGAAAGGUUGCAUUUCUGUCAAGCUCAACCAGGCCUCUUUUAUUUUAAAAGUUUGCAAGUUUUUUACCCGACAACAUUGAAAUUACAGAUCUGUCUGUAACUUGUCAGUAGUUAACCCAGUCGUAAUAGCUUCAGGAGCCUGCAGAUGAACCAAACACACGAUUCAUAGUGACUUUGUGUCUUGUGGAUUCCACCAAUGGGGGUGGGGGGGAAGCACCUUUCGUCAGUCUUCGGAUGAGGAGAGCAGACAAAGAGGCCAGUUGUCGGGGGAGUACAUGCGCAUUUAAUAGUGAAGGAAAAGCCAUGUGGCCUUUUUAUACAGUAUGUCUUCGCAUGAGGGUUUUAGGGUUGAGCAGGGCAACAUAAACACAUGCAUGCUUCAUGUGCUACCACCUGGACCACAUUUUUGUACUGAAACCUGUAUUCUUGAAAUCCUCUCCCGUUGAUGGCUAUCUUGUCUCUUUUUUUUGGACUGUUUGAGAGUUGACACAUUGUCAAAAAUAUUUGUUUUUAAUGUUGUUUGUUUUUGUUUUAUAUACAGAAAAUGUGAACACUUUUGGAAAUAUAACCUAUAAAGACAAUGAACACUUGGCUGUGAAUAGCCUGGGCAUGGAUGGUGUGCUGUCUGAAAAGAUGGUUAAUGACUUGAUCUCUGCAAAUAUGUGUCGUGGGACUGACUACUCCUGUUUUGUUACCAUGGUCACUGGUGUCUAUCUUCAGCUAGGCACACAAUGUGGCAACGAGGAGCGCUUUGAGGGAUGCAGCCCUGUGCGAUACACCUGUCUCCAUCACGGCACCAUUAGAGGGCUGGAGGACUUUAAUGAUACACUGCACUCAUGAUGUAUGUGAAUACUAAUGUAAAAAUGCAGAAGCACAUUCUGUCUUUUAUUAUACAUGGGGAAAAAAAUCAUGAUUUCUUGUCAUAAUACCAGCUGAUAUUUUACAGUGAUUUAAAGAAGUGAGAAGAUGAAACUUUUUUGUAAGAUUCUGUAUUUUUAAAAAUACUUAGCUGUUUUAUACAAACACUUUUCCUUUGGAGAGUCGGGGUUGACUUUGGGAAUUUUCAGACCCUUUUGUCUCUUGGACAUUUGGAUAAUUUGUUUGUACUUGUGGUUUGAGCCUCACAUAUUCUGUCUGUAUUAUUUCCUCUUAAAAGUAUUUAUUUUAAGGAGCCGUCAUGUGAGUUUGCACAGAUGGCACAAAUGUUUUAAAAUGUUGAUUGGUGAGUGCUUGUCAGUUUCUUAACUGAAAUAAAAUACCAUAUAUUAUA